AAUGGUCGGAAAAGGCACCCUUCUGCAGGACAAACUGCAACGUUUCCAGCAAAGAGGCCAGUUUCAAGACUUGAAGGUGGUUGUCACUUGCUUGGACGGAACUCAGGCGGAUUUCCGUUGUCACCGAGUAAUUCUGGCAGCCCUGUCAUCCACCCUCGAGAACAAGUUGCGGGACUUAGGCGUAGGAGACACCUUGAACAUCAGAAUCAAAACUAAGGACCCCUGGAUUUUUCGCAACGUGAUCAGGAGCGCUUACGGUUUUAAGCCUUCCUUCUAUACCGUGCCAGAGGCGAUGGGGGCACACAUUCUUGCUAAACAGCUUGGCUGCCUGCCACUUGCGAGGACUUCAGGCAAUUUUGUGCUGGCUCGUGUGCGUCCCAACACUAUAUGGCCACUGCUGGACAUGGCCCUGGACAAGUCGCCCAUCCAGCGAAAGGCCCUUAAGGUGCUGACCGAGGAGACCACUCUGUGUCUGUGGGACAGCGGCUUCUUAGGGUGUUCGAGGAGGGCGCUCGAGCUGCUGGUGGCAGCGCCAGAACUGCAGGUCCGAGAGGUCGACCUUGUCGAGAGGGUGGUCUCCUGGGCCAACGAGAUGAACGGAGGUCAGCGCCUGACCCCUGAAGUGGCCAAGGACGUGCUGGGCGCUGUGGUGAUCGGAGGGUUGCGACUCUUGACCCUCACGGCCGACGAGUUUGGCGCCAGCGUGGCCAAGGCCGGCCUGCUCGACAGCGAAGCUUUGUUAGCCGUUCUGGUCAACAUUCACUCCCCAGGCCAGCUGCCAAUGCCUGACGGCCUCAGCCAGAGCAAGGAGCACAGGGCUGAGGUGAAAAAGGAAGAAGAAGCUUAAAAGCUAAAUGUCUUGAUUCAACCUUUUUGUUAUUUUUUUAGAACUUGAAUUCACUGAUUUUUUUAUUUUUAAUAAAGGAUCAGUUUUCUAUAAGUUUUGAUGUUUAGAUCCAAAAGAGUAAGAAAUUUUUGCAUUUCUGCAAGUUCAUUAAUUUAGAAACAGAGAUAGCCUAUAUCUUUUUGAUAAAAUAUUUUUAUGUUGAUCCCUGCUCUUUGCGAUCUUGAUGUUUUUAGCGUGAUGAGUGAUAUAUGAUUAAUUGUUUUCCAAUUUUUUUUUUCAUUGAUGUGAUUGAUCCGAAAUAAAUAAGACGUGUCUUCUUAAAAUAUUUUCUAAACUUUUAAGAAAUUUGCCUACAUACAUUUAUUACACAAUAUAUUCUAACAAAAAAUUGUACAUUUAA